UAGAACCAUCUACAACAUCGUUUCUCUCCGUCGAGACCUAUCCCGAGGCGAUGGGGAACGAGGCCAGUAUGGAAGGGGAGGGACAGGCGGGACAGCCCGGCCCCGCCGUCCCUGCAGCAGGGGCUCCGGCUUCCAUUUCAGCACCACCGGACUCUGGACAGCUCAUCAAGCCGAGCAAUGGAGCGCCAACCGGAGGAAGUGGGGCUGCACCCGGGCCGGGGAUUAACAGACCUCCUCCGUCAGACCUCGGACCUAAAGCAGGAGUCCAGAGUGGUCAUGGGACAGGGGACCGGUUGGCCUCCCACGACACCCAUCAGCAUGCCGCACCUCAAGGAGAGCAGGGCCAGGGUCAUGUGGCACGGAAGAGUCUGUAUGUGGAUGUGGGUAGCAGCAGGACGGGGAGGUCCCCCUCCGUGUCCCCUGACAGAGGCAGUGUCCCCACAUCCCCUUACUCUGUGCCACAAAUCGCACCCAUGCCCAGCAGCAAACUGUGCCCCGUCUGCAAAACCACCGACCUGAUGGGCACGGGGGACGACAAGCCGAACUUCAGCACCUGCACACAGUGCUGCUCCAUGGUGUGCACCCAGUGUGGCUUCAACCCCAACCCUCACCUCACAGAGGUUCAGGAGUGGCUAUGUCUGAACUGUCAGAUGCAGAGAGCGUUGGGGAUGGACAUGACAACACCACGCUCCAAGAGUCAGCAACAGAUACACUCUCCUUCUCAUGCAGCCAAACCAGAAUUUAAACCUGAUGCUUCGACUCAGCCUGCAUCCCAGACACAUCCCCCUCCUCAGACCCAUCCUCCAGCGCAGGCCCAUCCGCCAACGCAGGCCCAUCCGCCAACGCAGGCCCACCCUCCAGUGCUGGCCCACCCUCCAACGCAGGCCCAUCCUCCAACGCAGGCCCAUCCUCCUGCACAGGCCCAUCAUCCAACGCAGGCCCAUCCUCCUGCACAGGCCCAUCCUCCUGCACAGGCCCAUCCUCCAACGCAGGCCCAUCCUCCUGCACAGGCCCAUCCUCCUGCACAGGCCCAUCCUCCUGCACAGGCCCAUCCUCCAACGCAGGCCCAUCCUCCUGCACAGGCCCAUCCAGCGCUUGGUCCUACCAAACAGACUGGUCCAGCUGGCCCGCGUCAGCAAGGCCAAGUUAGGCUCCCUCCAGGGGCAGUCGCUCUCCCCGGCAUGGCCAAGGCCCCAUCUCAGCCUGACCUGUCCCACAACUCUCCUGCCCACCAUACCCAGCACCCCCGCCAGGAUCAGACUCGCAGUGCGGGGAGCUCCCCUUCGCGGCAGCCCCCGCCUCCAGAGCAGACUUUUGGGAAGUUGUUUGGCUUUGGUGCUUCGCUUCUUAACCAAGCCAGCACUCUUAUAUCUGAGACUACUCAACCCCAACAACAGCUCCCAAAAACGGCUCCGAAACCAGGAGGACCUCCUGGUCCAGGGCCUGGGGCGGGUAAACCCUCAGGACCUCAGCCUGCACAACAAGGGCCUCGAGCCCCUGCUCAGCAGCAACAACAGCACGCUCCCCCGGACUCCUCUAAACCUAAAGCUUGUUGUCCUCUCUGCAAGACAAACCUCAACGUCGGCAAUACAGCAGAACAACCCAACUACAACACCUGCACACAGUGCCACCACCAAGUGUGCAACAUGUGUGGAUUCAAUCCCACUCCACACCUAGUCGAGAAAAAAGAAUGGCUGUGCUUGAACUGCCAGACGCAGAGGGCUCUGUCAGGAAGCUUGGGAGAUAUUCCAGCUCCUGUUGCACAGCCCGUGGGAUCCCCCCGGUCACCUGCUACAGCCAAUCAACAACCACCUCAGCAGAAAGGGCCAAAUCAACUUUUAGGGCCUAGGCCCACAGGUCCUCAACAACAACAGAAACCACUUGGUCCCCAAGUAAGUGGCCCUAUCUCUCCUGUAAAACAUGCUGGGCCUGCCCCUCAUACCAAGGUGCCCAGCCAAGCUUCCCCUCAAACCAAGGGUUCUGCCCAACCUAAGGGUUCAACUCAGUCACCUUCCCAAAUUAAGUGUCCAACACAACCCUCAGCUCAGAGUAAGGGACCUCAAAAUAAAGGUCCUAAUCAAUCACAUGUUCAAAGUAAGGGCCCUGUUCAGUCUGCUAACCAAACAAAGGGCCAGAGCCAGGCCAAAGGGUCGACUCAGAUAAAGGGAUCUGCUCAGCCCUCUGGUCAGACUAAGGGCCCUUCUCAUCCUCCUGGUGCCAAGGCCACCCCUGGUAAAACCACACCCAACCAUGCCAAGGGCUCUCCCAUCCAAUCAAAAACAGUACCUACUCAGUCUAAACCCACAGGUAACAACCAGGCCCGCAAACAGAUGCAGGGCCAGGAGAAGACUAAAGUCACAUCUAAAUCUCUGAAAGAAGACGUCAAGACAUCACCAAAGAAGGCAUUGUCAGAGACUGUCACUUCACCAAAAGACAUGAAGAUAGCUGACGAUACACAGAAGUCAAGACACCAUGAAGAUUACAACAAAUCAAGUACACAAAGUCUAAGUGACACUGGAUACUCCUCAGAUGGGAUCUCCAGCUCUCAUGGGGAGAUUACAGGACAUAUCCAGGAAGAAGGGAUCAAGCUCAGUGGUGCUUCCAUCCCCUCAGAAAUGAAAAAGCUAGAGAGCUCCAUGAAGCCUCUACUAGAGUCAAAGACAGCGUCAGACCUGAAGCACAGGCCACAUUCACUGUCUGUAGGACAGGGCCGGGACUACAAUCCUGAUGAUGAUGCAGCAAGAGAUGAAUCAGAGGAUGACCUCAGUUGUAAGCUGCGACAUGAUUACGUGGAAGACAGUAGUGAAAGUGGUCUCUCACCAUUGCCAAUAAGACAGAAGAAGUCACAUAAAGAAUUAACAGAUGAGGAAUUUAUGAGGAGGCAAAUUAUGGAGAUGAGUGCGGAUGAAGAGGAGAUGGAAGAACAUGGAAACCAGAAGCCUAAAAGGGGACAUAAAACCAGUGGGGAUUCAAGCAAAGAGAGACGACGACUCUCUCAACAUUCUAAUAGUUUUGAGGAUGACACCAAGGUAUCAGAGGCAAAUGAAGAGGAAGAUGUUGUAAUGGCAGGAGGCCUUCGACGUUUUAAGACCAUUGAGCUGAAUAACACGAACAGCUACAACCGAGACAUGGAGCUCAGUACUGAGCAUGACCUACGAGAACCAGAGCUAGAGAUGGAGAGUCUGACUGGUUCUCCUGAGGAGCGGUCUAAGGGAGAAUAUUCAUCCACCCUACCUGCCACAACUCCCAGUUACACCUCUGGAACAUCCCCCACAUCUGUGUCGUCCAUGGAGGAUGACAGUGACAGCAGCCCUAGUCGUAGGGCAAGACUAGAGGAGGCAAAGCAGCAGAGGAAGGCUCGACAUCGGUCACAUGGGCCACUGCUUCCCACUAUCGAGGACUCAUCUGAGGAGGAUGAGCUCAGAGAGGAGGAAGAACUACUUAGAGAACAGGAGCAGAUGAGAGAUCUAGAGCAACAGAGGAUCCGAAGUACUGCUCGAAAAACAAAGAGAGAUAAAGAGGAGCUACGGGCACAGAGACGCAGGGAAAGAUCCAAAACACCCCCCAGUAAUCUCUCUCCUAUUGAGGAUGCAUCACCAACAGAAGAGCUGAGGCAGGCCGCAGAGAUGGAGGAGCUUCACAGAUCAUCAUGUUCUGAAUACUCACCAUCUAUGGACUCUGAGGCAGAGGGGUUUGAGAUGAUUGGUGGAAAGCUUUACAAAUCAGGAAAUGAAUAUAACCUUCCAACCUUCACAUCACUCUACUCCCCUACAGAGAAGACAUCAGCAACGUCACCAUCUGAUAAAACACUAAAAAGUGCAGAGGAGGUCUAUGAGGAGAUGAUGAAGAAAGCACAGCUCAUGCAGAGGCAAGGAAAUACAGUUAAUCAGCAGAAAGGUGUCCCUCAGCCUGACAGUAAACAUCAUCUUGAUGCAGGAACUGUCCUAACCCCCGGCUCAAGCCCAACGCAGGUUUCUGCACCUAUGUCCUUUUCCACAACAGGGAGUGAUCCACGAAUUCCAGGAAUUCAUGCAGCACAGCAUCUAUCAAAAGAAACACAAAAUAGGAUGAUGACACAGAGUGCCAAAAUUGAAGGUGUUGUUGGAGUUGCCACAACCAAAGCCCAAGUCAGUCAGACUGCUACAACUCGACAGGCUGGUAGCACAGUGUCUGCUAGCAACAGAGCAGGCUCCCAGAGGCCAACACAGGCAUCACCUGACCCUGGAGCAUCCUCCCUAACCUCCAAAGUCUUCUCGCUUUUCAAAGGUUCCAGCCCCCCAGUCUCCCCCAACGCUUCUCCAGCACAAAGCCCAACACAUACGCCAUCUGUGAGACCCACUGGUAGUAGUGGCAGGCAGCUGCCAUCUUUGCCGGGUGGUCCGGCUGCAGGAUCCCAUGGAGCUCAGGCACCUCAAAGGGCAGUUUCAUCCCGUCUUGCACGACAACAGUCCUCUCAAGAUUCACCAGUGAUGGUGAUAACACUAGGCUCUGAUACAACUAGUCCUGCCAAGCCAAUUACUGUAAAUUCUUCCACCUCCCCUUUGUCAUCGCCAACACAGAUCAGUUGUAAAACCUUGUAUAGCUCCCAUCCCAAUUCGACAAGUUCCCCAACAUCACCACAAAUACAUCCAUCACAAAGGUCCACUAAACAUUCUUCACAAAUUGCUCAAAAUGUUGAGAAAGUAAAUGUUGGUAUGAGCACUGUAACUGCAUAUAGUCAUGGGUCUAUGGAAAACAUAUCUCUAUGUAAAAUCUCAAACAUUCCAGGCUCUUCAAUAGUUGUGAGUCAGAGUCAAACACAUCUAAACACUAAUGUGGUGGAUCUAAGAGCCCCAAUGAGGCCAGCCCCAAUUAUAAUGACAGAUAAGGGGAUGGACCUAACAUCCCUUGCCUCUGAUACAAGGAGAUACUCUUUAGGAGCAGAACAGCCAUCUGGUCGACAUACAGCGGUGCAACCUCUUAUUAUGAACCUGAAUGCACAAGAGCAACCCCACAUAUCUGUAUCAACACCAACCACAGUUAGCGUCACAGUUGCAGGUUCUAUGUUCAAGUCCCAACCAAAGCAACAAGUUGUGUAUGGAGAUCCUUUGCAAAACCGUGUGGAUUUGGGGCAGGGUGUUGGAUCAGCUGUGUGUUUAACCCAGAGCAAGCAACCAAUUACUGACCCAUCUAUUCCCAAAAUUGAUGCCUGCCUGGAAAAUCUGGGUAUACAACAACAACAACUGCAGUUACAGCAGCAGAAGCUCCUGCAGCAGCAACAGCUUCUUGAGCAGCAGCUCCAGCAGCACCAUCAGCAAUCCUCUUUUGCUCGUUACAAUUUAGCUAAUCAGGUCCAGCCCCUACUGAUGAAAAAAGACCUUGUCGUGAGCCAGACAAGCAGUGCCCAGCCUGCAGUGACUGCUAGUGCCAUUCCUAGAGUAUCCCCCCUGGCUCCACAGUCAGUAUCUGGGGCUCUUGCUUCUAAUGCUUCCCAUGAAGUCUAUAGUGGAGAUGCCUUAGAGCUAAAAAACAAGCCAACAGUAAUGAACUUGUCCACAGGUAAGCCCCAUGUUAUGAUGGUGCAACUUGAUGAAAGCAACACAUCACAGGGGGGCACAGUGACUCAACUGGUAAAGCGAGAGGAACCUCCUCCCCCUCCUCAGGUUUUGGAUCUCACUGGACAGAUCAAACCAGAAAACCAGGUGGCUUGUUGUGAUGUUGUUUACAAAUUGCCCUUUGCUGGUUCCUGUUCAGGGUCAUUCACUCAGAAGCCUACAGCAGUAUCCUCAGAUAAUACCCCCACCACUGAAACCUCACAAGCUGCCCACCCUCCCUAUCCACCACACUACACUCUCAGCCAACAACAACAACAACAACAACAACAACAGCAACAACAACAACACCAGCCUCAUGCUACACAAGGAGUGUCAGAGGAACAUAAGCCAUAUAAACCACCCAUAAUCCCCUCAGGAAGAAUUCAGCCCUCCAUGUCUGAUACUAAUCUGCCCUCCAUGACUGAUGGUGUUCACUAUCAGAGUAAUGUCCAGGGGGGCAUGGCAGUAGAUCUGAGCAGCAUGAAUCAGGCUUAUGAUGGUGGAUACAUUGGCAUUGGAGCACAGUAUGGAUCUUACACGGACUUACGUCACCAAGGAGAUUUGGCAGGUCCUUCAUUACCCCUUCGUCGAUAUGGCUCCAUGUCAAAUAUCAAUUCUGACAAUGCCUACACUUCACGUGAGCUAACAGGACAACAGGACUCCAAUCUGGCUCAGUACAGUGCUACCACUGCCAGAGAGAUCAGUCGCAUGUGUGCCGCUCUUAACUCUGCUGACCAGUUUGGGAGCCGGUAUGGAAAUAACCCUGAACUGGUAGCAUAUGGGGCUGGAAGAGGUGGACCUUUAGCUAGGCUAAAUCUCCAACAAAGCUUAGCAUCUAUAAGAGCAAACCUACUGUAUGGCCCAGAUGGAAGACCAACAGCAAGUGGCCAAACUUUAACAAACCUAAUAAAUGCUAGACAAGCAAGUAUACGCGCCUUGUACCCUGCUGCUAUGAGAGGAGGUGAUGGCAUGAUAUAUUCCACCAUUAACACUCCCAUAGCCUCCACCUUGCCAAUUACCACCCAGCCUUCCUCUGUCCUGCGUCCAAUGCCUAGAGGAAUUUACAGACCAUACCCGACAGGUGUAACUGCUGUACCACUGGCUAGCCUUACCAGGUUGCCUCAAGUGUCUCCCCGAAUGCCUCUGUCUACACAGGGACUGUAUUCCUACCCUCCUCCAAAUCAGUAUCCUACUUCAGCUACACCAUCAGGAAGUGUGCCUGAUGCAAGCAACUCACACCAGGAAACUCCUGUGUACCUUGGAAAGCCUUUAACAACAGUUGCUGCACAAAUGGCCGCAACCAUUCCACUCACCCAACCUGCAGCACAUUUAGGAGGACAACAUGUACCAUCUGGUAUGCAAACUACGGCAGAUCAACAGAUCGAUCGCACUCACCUUACCUCACAGAGUGUUACGUCCCUCUCUCAAGCCCAAGGCCAACCUCCAACUGACCAGCCAGUGCAGGCUCAAAUGCAGUUACACCAGUUACCUACUCAAACUGAACCUUUAUCUUUAACUCAAACUCAACCUCAAGUACAACCCAUCAUUCAACCUCAACCACUGCCACAGGUUCAAACAGAGACACCCCACGGUACUGCCCUAGCACCGAGUUCCAAACUGUCUCCUCCCAUGGAUGCCCAGAUAUGUAAGGAAGAUGAGAGAUUGAGCCAGCAACAAGAGCAUGUGCUUCAGCUAGAACGAGAGCGUGUUGAACUGGAGAAAUUACGGCAGCUGCGCCUACACGAGGAGCUUGAAAGAGAUCGCAUGGAGCUUCAGCGACACAGAGAAAAAGAACAACAAAUUGUUCAGCGUGAGAUUCACGAGCUGCAGACAAUCAAACAGCAAGUACUUCACCAACAGCAGGCAGAGCGGGAAACACAGCUCAUUAUGCAAAGAGAACAACUUUCCCAGCAGAGAAUGCAGCUAGAACAAAUUCAGUCUCUACAGCACCAGCUCCAGCAGCAGUUGGAGGAGCAGAAAAGGCAAAAGACGGUAGCAGUGGAAGCAGCAGCAGCUGUUGCAGCAGCAGAGGCAGCUGCUGCAUCAGCGGUGGCUGCCGCCGCAGCGACAUCUACCCAGGGUGCUAUACAAGGGGUAGUUGUAGGUGGAGGACCCCCGCAAGGGUUUAUUAUUUGUGACCAGAGUGGUAGAGUUAUUCAACAAGAUGCACAGAGUCUUCAAUUUUGGCAGGAUGGACAAGUGGUCCAAGCCGUGGUGGCUGCUCGACCUAUUCAUAGUUCUGCCUCUGAAAUGUCUUUAAGAAUCAGUGACAAACAGGCUGAUUCCAAAAUUAUGAAAAAGCAGAAUUCCAUGCCUCGGCUGAGGGAUGGCUCAGAGGAAGACUCUGCGAAGAGGAUUACAGACAGCUGUGUGCAAACAGAUGAUGAAGAUGGAGAGGACAGAUUCAUGAACAGACGUAGGAGAACAAGGCGUAUUGCGGACUGCAGUGUGCAGACUGAUGAGGAGGACCAGGGAGAAUGGGAUCAGCAGCCAGUAAGGCGCAGACGAUCACGUGUAUCCAAGCACUCUGAGUCCAGUGGUGAGGCUAAAUCAGAAGCGUCAUCUAAAGUGGCUUCUGCAAGUAUAGCUAGUCAGACCACAAAUGAUUCGUCAUGCCAAACAGAGCCUGACCAACUAAGCAGGAUUUCACCUGCAAUCCACAUUACCAUGGCAGAGACCUCAAAGGUUGACCUAUUACAUUACAUAGCAGCACCUGAAAGAACCCACAAAGGAGAGAGUCUGGCUUGCCAGACAGAACCAGAGUCUCAGUCUCAGGGUGUGGUUGCCCCUCAGCUGAGUGUCCCUACAACUAUUAGUCCGUACUCCACAAGUUUGCAUAUAGUAGGUGCAAACACAUCUGACCCAGCCUCUCCUAGACUCCAAGGAGUUGCUAAGUUUGAGAGGAGGAAACCAGACCCCCUGGAAAUUGGAUAUCAACAAAAUGAGUCUCCAUCUCGCCAGCCCCCCAAAUCUCCUCAGGUGCUAUACUCCCCUGUAUCUCCAUUGUCGCCUCAUCGCAUGCUGGAGACGACAUUUGCCUCCCAGGAGAAACUUAACAAGGCCCAUGUUACACCCCAGCAGAAGGCCUUUUCUGCUGAAUCACCCCAACGUCACCAGACCCUUCCAAGACCCAUAAAAAGUGUGCAACGUUCCAUGUCGGAUCCCAAGCCUCUCAGCCCCACAUCAGAGGACCCUGCCAAGAACAGGUUCUCCCCAUAUCAUCAGCAAGCUGUGUCCAACAGUCAGCAGAUGGCCUCCCUGCAGCAGCAGCAGAACUCUCUGAUGAGGAAAAUAAAGAGGACUCUCCCCAGCCCCCCUCCAGAGGAGACUCCGCUCCCCAUUGUUACUCCGGCACAAAUGUACAGCUCUCCUGGCAUGCCCCAGAGGGUCCUACCCAGACCUGCCCAGGGAGUCACCAAGGCCGGCCUGCUGAGUGAACUGAAAGCUGUGGAACAGGAGUCAUCGAAGCUCCGUAAGCAGCAGGCUGAACUAGAGGAAGAAGAGAAAGAGAUUGAUGCAAAGCUACGAUACUUGGAGCUAGGCAUCACCCAGCGUAAGGAGACCAUGGUGAAGGACAGAGAGAGAAGAGAUCUGGCUUACUUGAGAUGUAUGGGUGAUGCUCGGGACUAUAUGUCGGACAGUGAGCUCAAUAACCUCAGGAUGGUAGCUGCAACAGGACCCUUUGAUGGCAAUGGUCUGCUGACAAGGCCCAGUACGGCACCAUUGAGCCAAUUUACUAAUGACCUCAAUGCAACCUCCCAGUAUCCCUCAACCUCAUCCUAUAUGUCUUAUCCAUACCCUCAAAAUCAACCAUCAACACAGCAGCCAAGUGCUGCUUACCAACAGAUAGGUUUCCAACCUCCUCAGUACCCUUCAUCCUCUGCACCUCAGCCAGGAACAUUCCAGCCCCAUCCCCCACCAGGCCCAGGCUACCAGAACCAGGGAACCUACUCCAAUCGCAUGUAUGCUCAGUCCUCCUACCAGACAGACCUUGGCAUGCAGCAGCAUGGCCACCAGGGCUUCCACCCACCGGGUCAGCCUAUGCCAAGCCAGAGCCUUCCUUACCCCACCCAUAGCUCCUACCAACCUGUUCUCUCCUACCAGCCUCAGGCAGAGAUCCUUACAGUCCAUCAAAGACCUCGGCAAACCUCUUUGGCUGACCUUGAGCAAAAACUCCCCACCAACUAUGAAGUCAUCAGUAACCCAGCAGUGUCAGUGGCCACAUCAGCUCCAGAUACCAACUUUGGCUCUGUCUACAGCAAUGCGUAUGGACAGUACCGCCCCCCGGAGCCUGGCCUGACUCACUCUGUGGACAGCCCCACCUCUGCUUAUGCUUCAGAUGGACUCUACACCUCUAACCUGGAGCAGAAUAUUCCCAGGAACUACGUUAUGAUUGAUGACAUCAGUGAGUUGACGAAAGACAACACUAGCCAACCUACUGAUGCUCUAGGCCAUCCUGUGGGAGGGCGGUAUCGCAGUGAGAAUGGUCCUGCACGUGGGAGUGCCUACGGUAGACCUGAAGAUGAGCCUGUGGAUGCUUAUGACAGGCCUACAGGAACAACAGGGUACCAGAGUACAGUAGACAGUCGCACCAGUACCACAGUAAGUGGAGGCUCUUCCUAUUACUAUGAUGAUUAUAAACACCCAUCACGAAGCGGCUCCAGUUGCCACAAACUCGCACCCAAGAAUCUAGCCCCUGCAGUAGUCUCCUCUAAACGUAGUAAGCACAGGAAGCAGGGAAUGGAGCAGAAGAUUUCUAAAUUCUCCCCUAUUGAGGAAGCACGGGAUGUGGAGUCUGACCUUGCCUCUUACACAAUGACAACAUCAACAGGAGGCAGCUGUACAGUUGUGUCCAGAUCCAAGAAGCCUCAGGAUGAUGUCACCUACGGGAUGAAGAAGAAUGCAUAUGACCAGCAGAAAUAUUAUGGCACCAGUCGUGAGGGUCUUGAAGAGGAUGACCGCAUGUACAGCUCUGGUAGGUCCAGGUCUACUGGAUAUGGUAUGGACAAGAUUUCCUCCAGAGAUGCUACAGGCCACAGAAGUAAAUCCUACGAGAGAGAUGCCAUGGAGCGGUCUCAGAGAACCAGCCGAAGUGGAAGGCCGCCCAUGCGCAGUCAGAAUUCAGAAGAGGAGAGUCCACUCAGUCCUGUUGGGAAGCCUGUAGGCAUAGAAAGAAGCUCUGGCAUACCAGAUGCCCAUGAUGUGAGAAACCAGUAUGGCUCCAGCCAUUCGUUGCCAGAUGUGCAGGACCAUCAUAAGAAGGACCUGCCCAGGAGUCAUGUCUAUAAACCAGAUGACCCUUACCUCGUAGAUGACAUGCACUGUGCUGUUUCUGACAGUGAAGCCUAUCAUUUGGGCCAAGAGGAGACUGAUUGGUUUGAGAAGCCACGAGAGGCCCGUUCUGAUCGAUCAAGACAUCAUGGAGGUGGAGGUCACUCAUCUACAGGCAGGCGUACUAAACAUACCUACCAUGAUUAUGAUGAACCUCCAGAGGAAUAUUGUCCCCAGGAUGAGUACAACCAACAACGUCACUCCUCCUCCACAACCUCAAGGGAUCACCGUCAACACGGCGGCAGCUCUGGCAGACACAACUCUUCUCGCCACACCUCAGAGGAUCCUAGGUCGUCCCGUUCUUCCAGGACACACCCCAAAGACCCAUCUGUCCGCUCUGAUGGCAGAGGCUCCUCGUCCGCACAAAGAAGGAGUGGUCCAGACUCACGUUCGGCCCAGGGAAGCCCCCGGAACUCAGGUGACUUCUCUCGAGACCCAGCCUCUGGUCAUCACCAUGGCACUGGGGGACGGAGCCAGAGACCCCAAGGAGAUCGCACAACCUCCAGAAGGCAAGAGCCCUCUGUGGCAGGGCCUAAACCACAGCAGCAGCAGCAGCAGCAGCCACAACAGCAGCCGCAGCAGCAGCCGCAGCAGCAGCAGCAGCAGCAGCACCAGCCGCAGCAGCAACCGCAGCAGCAGCACCAGCCGCAGCAGCAGCACCAGCCGCAGCACCAGCCGCAGCAGCAGCAGCAGCAGCAGCAGCACCAGCCGCAGCAGCAGCACCAGCAGCAGCAGCAGCACCAGCAGCAGCCUUCUCAGGGCCAUGCUGGGCAGCAGCGACCAGGUGGUCAAGGUCACUCUGGGAGACAUCCAGGCUCUGAACCACUCGAUGGUAGCCAGCAGGCCCAGCAGCAGCAGAGUGCACAGCAGCAGCAGCAGCAACCCCUGCAGCACAGCCAGACCCCUCAGAGCAGCCAGCCUACAACAACCAUUGCAGGAGCAGGACCGGCACAGCAGCAGCCCAAACCCAGCCAAGCCCCACCACAGGGACGACAGCCAGGAGUAGGGGCUGCAGCAGGGCAGCCGGCUACCACAGCGCCAAAAAUGGAUGCUACACCUGCAGCAGCAGCCACAGGAAUGAAACCUACAACUGGAGCCCCAACAGCACCUCAGCCUACCAAAAUAGCUACACCCCCUCUUACAGGCAUUGGCUCCAAGGCCACUCCUGUUGGGAUUGGUAGCAAACCCGUAGUUAUUGGCAACGCUGCAGCAGGACAGGCACCUGCUGAAGGGGACAAUGUUCUCACUAAAAUCCUGCAAGGAGGGGCAGCAGAGCAGGCUGGAAAACUGGGAGAUGCUUUGUCUGGCUUUGGGAAGAAGUUCACUUCAUUGUGGUGAACUAAAGAGAGGAGGGUUAUGCAGAGUUGAAAUGAGAUCGAUUGGUAGCUUUGUACUUGAAAAACCUAUGAAACUGCAUUAAAUACAUUUCACAUUACAGAGGAAAUAGAGGAAGAGACAUCCUACAUCAAGCUGGAAUCAAAGGAUGCCUUGUCAGCACUGAAUUCCCCAGACAUGGGCACACGAUUGAAGCAAAUUAAAUAAGGGUGAUUGCUUCGUCAGCACGGUGUUUCAAGACAUGAGCAGAGGGCUGAAGAGGCCUGAAAGUAAGUGGAUGCCAGGACAGAACUACAGUCCCAGAAUGAUGAUUGUGGAGACGUCUGAUGCCUCAUUGACCCAAUCGAAGACAACAACGGUCAAUAAUGAGGAUGUAGAGAAGCAGAGGAUCGAGGGGGGAGGGGGACUCAAGUCCCCCUCUCUCCUCCUACAGAAAUCCUCCUGGGAUCUGUGUGACAGUAAAAGGCCUGCUACCUGAGGCACCUGGAUAUCAUGAGAGAAAUUCAGCAAGUUUAGCCGUGUGUGUCUCUUCUUCAAAAAGUUCAAUAAAGGAAGUCUCACAGCGCCCUCUAUUGGAAUUUUAAUCGAACACCACUCAUGUCUGAGGAGUGCACAUCUGGCAAGGAUAUUUGAUUUUUGUAUUGAUGUCUUCACAGCCUUUUCAUGCAAAACACAGUGAAAAAAAGAAGAAAACAGAUUUUCAUAGGUUUUCCUUGUAUCAAAGAUACCGAUCUUAGCACACACCAAUGACACCACACACCUGGAGUCGACAAGGUGUAUCACGGCAAUGACAACCAACCUGAUGUCUCCACUACAAUCCUUGAAUGCUUGGUUUCUUUGAUCUCUACAGUACAUUCCAGUAUAGGGAAUUUGACCCUUUCUUUGAAUGUGUUUUUAUUUCUCCUCUUUUUGUUUCGAUAUCAACAGAAUGCAUUGCGUAAAUGUGGACAUGAGAAUGCACGCACAAAUAUUUGAAAAACUGAAAAAAAGAAGCCCAUAUCAAUACUUUUUCACCACCUAUGAGAUGCCAAUAGUCAUCAGCUGUAGGUUUUUAGGGAAGGAAGUACUACCAGUGUGCCCACAAGUGUGAGAUUCACACAGAUGAGAGGACCAAAUGAAAGAGUGGCCACGGCUCUUAAUUAGCCAUCGCAAAGCCAUCGUUAUAGUCAGCCCCAAAGCGUUAUGUCAGCACUGGGGCUGACUAUAAAAAGGAUAAAGCCCCGGAGGGGACUUUAUCCUUUUUAUUGAUUUGUCUCAUCUUUUAGUUUCUUUUAAUUUUUGCCUGAUAUUCACUGAAUGGAAGAGCCUUAUUCAGUACAUGUUUUUGCUUGUAUGUACCUCAUAUAUUUUAAAAUGUCCAUGUCAUCAUGCAUUUCUUUUUACACAGCUGUAUACUAUUGUAUGUACAUAAAACAAAUCAGAGAUCUAAUUAUGUAAAUUUGUCAUUUGUGUAUUUAUGGAAUCACUCUCCAGUGACUUGUUUUUUUUGUUUUUGUUCUGUGUUUUUCUUUGGUAAAACUUUAUAUUUUUCACUUUUUAUUUAAUUGAAUCUGUUUUCUUGCAUCAAAUAAUUUGCUUGUUGAUUUUUAAAAGCAAUAGCAUGCAGAAAAUGGUAUAUAGCACAAUCGUGUAAAUGUUGUUUAAAGUAGUGAAGGGAAAUAUCAAACACUUCUGUCGAUAAAUAGCCGUAAUACAAUUUGUCAAAGGGUUUACAACCACAGUACCAUGUCCAGACGUGCAUGUUAUGUGCAGAUGCAUAAGAGCAUGCAGACAGGUACAAACACACUCACACCAACUCUCUCUAUCUCUUGCAAACACAUAUGCAGACACACAUAUUUACACAUCACACACUUUGCACCCUAGUUACACUUCAGAGCCAAGGUUCAUUGUGUUCUCCACCGAAUAGACCUGCUAACCUCCUGCUGAUUAAUGAGGUUACCAAUUCACCAACAAUCUCCCUGACUAGCUGGGCCCACUGCCUCUAUUUGUGCAAAGACACACACACACACACACACACACACAUACACAUAGUACACGCACGCGCACACACGCGCUUACAUGCAUAAAGAUAUUGGAGAGGAUGAAAGCAAUUAUCAAUUCAAAUGUUCUAUGCAAUGACUCAUUUUGAACUUGGAAGUGAUUCUGCCUAAAACAGUUUAUUAUCAUCACUGUAUUCACAAGAAAACAACAAAAGUAUGAACUAAAAUAGUCAAAGAAAAGAAAGAAAAAAAAGGUCAUGAAAAUGUUUUUACUUAGCAACUUGUCUGUAUGAAUUUGAAUAUUGAAUAUUGAACUAGAAUUGUUUUUAUUUUCGUGGCAUGUUUUGACCCCUCACUCCCCACACGGGGGACUCGUUGCCAAAGGGUAAACUGUGUAGACUGUCGGUUUUGAAUGUCCACCAUCAUGUUGCUUUGAAGCAUGGGUUUGCUUGGCUUUGUCUGGCUGUUUGUAAGCCCUCAUUCAGUUUGUGUGCGUUUUGGCUGACCUGGGCUCCUCAGUGUUUGGCUUGCAGUGACUGUCUGUGCUGCUAUAAACCUGUGAUACAGAUGGUCAGCACUUCUCAUUAAUACUUGUCAAUGUACAUAUUGGGUGUCAGUAUAACCUGUGGGGUGAAUGGAAUGCUUCUAUCGGAUAUUUCAUUGUUGAUUAAAUCACUCAGCAGCCAAGCCAUUGGAAAGGUGCAUGAUUUAGAUCUUAUAUUCUUGGAAGUUGUACCUGAAUUAAAAAAAGGUAAGGCAUGGUUUCACCAAGGUUUGCCUAACGAACCUUGACUUUCACAGGCCGAUGUAGAGAAUAUUGAUGAGUUAAAUGUUCAGCCAGUCAUUCAAAAAUCAGGCCAUGUCAUUUUGAAAGCACAAGCCUGACUGGUAGCACUUGUUGCUCGAUGAAACGCAGAAAUAUGGAGGUUGCGUAACAGUGCCUCCAACUGAACAGUGUAAGAUCUAUAUCAAAGCAAGAGAUGGAAAUGCUAUCUGGUCGAUAUGAGGUGCACGAGACAAAACAGCCUUCAGUGCAGCCGUCCGAUUGACUGACACACAUACUUACAUUCUUACUGUAAAUACAAAUUCAUUCUUCUGUACAGCUUUUGAGUUUUGAGUACGGCUGUCAUGUGCAUCCCCAUGCCGUAUUUGCUGCCAACUUUUGUGUAUAAAAAGAAUAUUUAUUACCACAAUAAUGAGGAUGAUGAUGAAAUUAACGAGGAUGAUGAUUAUUAUUGCAUAAGCAUAGUGUAUGUGGCUGACUUGUAUUGACUGUUUACAACAGUGGAACAAAACUUGUAUUCAGAAACAUAUUCAGUCUGUGUAUAGUUUCUAUACAUAUUGUGUUUGUAAAACAAGAAGAAAGACCCUCCUCAACAAUUGCAGAGUAGAAUGCCUUUCUCAGACUAUCAGGAGGUCAUUGAUUUGAUGGAUACGAUCUGCAAGGUGAUGAGGGUAAAGGGAAGCAGUGAGGAAAAAAUGAAACAAAAAAUCUGGAAAAUGUCAUUCACUGUUGUAAGUGCAAUGGGCAAAACGUCAGUCGUGUAUCCAUUGUGAAACCUUGUGUUCUAUUCAGUGUAUUCCUGUAAACAGAUAGAGUAAAUUUUGGUGCAUCAUGUCAAGUAAUGUGAUUAAUGAAAAUAUUGACCCUGCAAUUUCCAAACAGAGAGAAGAAUAAAAAGAAAAGGAAUA